AUGUUUGCUGCAUACCAUAUGACACAAGCACCCUCGGCGCAAGUCGACCAAACAAUCUCCCUGGCCAACCUGGAAAAGGACCCCAGAAUAAGGCCACCUUGCGAAUGCGGCAACUGCGAACAACAGUUCACCCGAAUGGAGCGGCAGCUCAGGACCUCCUUCUGGUACGAAUCCGUGGUUACACCAAAUGCCGCGAGUGCUUUGCUUGCCGAGUUUGUCGACAGAAUCAACACAGACAGAGCUUACCUGUCGGACUUAUGCGACAAGUUCGGGAACACAAUCUCCAGCAGAUGGCGAAAGAAAAGUCACCACAAGCGCGAGGCACUCUUACUCCAGGCCGAUCCAACCAUCGAGAAGGAGCCGUGGUUCAGACUUAGAACCGGUGGGAACAAAGCCCCGAUUGAAGAAGUACGUCGACACAAAAGACAAAGUUGGCUGCUGCCUUACAUGAGUACCACUAUCAUGAAGACAAACCUGUUGAUCCUCUUGGGGUUGUUACACCACCGAGUACAUCUUUCACCGGAAGAGUGGGCACCCUUUGACAGUGUUUCACUCAAACAUGGCUGGACUACUGGAGUCUUUGACCUGCAGUAUUGUGGCAAUGUCUGUAUGAUCGUCUACGGCAACGGUCAGAUCGAUCAUGGCCAUACUGGAGGCCACUGCGUUGUUAUGCAUGGCGUUGACUACGGCAAGCUCGUUCCUUGGGAUAAGAAGGCUGCAGAGCGCUGGGAUAUUGUCGGAUAUCCACGAGCUCGGUUGAUCAUCGAAGCGCAAGCUUUGAUGUUCUCUAGACUUCGAUCCAUUGUGGAUCUCAUCUUGGAAGGAGUCAACCGAGACAUCAUGGGCGCUUCCGACAAGUGGCAAGAGAUGGUUCGAACCGGAUUCAAGCAGACCAAAACCAUUGAGCUGUGGUCUGACUACAUUAAUCAGCCGUUCUCCAGUCCUCCUAAACUCGACAUCGACUACUACUGUUCUGUAGCCAACGCUCGCAUGCAAGCAGCUCAGGACCACCUCUGGCUAUUGCAGACAGACCCCUCCUAUGUCCGUCGCUUCAUCAAGGUCAUGGCCGUCGGCGAGGUAUACAGGCUCGAUUACAAACACAGGCUUGUCACAGCAGACAUCUGUCACGCCGUCUUUGACUGUCAGCGCUGGAUGCAGUUGAAUGAGGCAUGGAACAGCGUCCGCAGUCAUAAUCGUCGCUUCCAUGAUAGCAUCCACCCAGGCCAACCACUUCCGCGUCUCUUCGAGCUCAGUCUUACUAUCAUGGAGUGCGCCCUCCUCGACACUAUGGACAAAGGAGCCAGCCAUCUCAGUGUGUACAUCACACAGCGUCCUGGUUUUCGACAGUAUUACAAAUUCCAUAAGGCCUCUGAAGGUUCCGUAAUCGUGGAAAGCACAAUGGCAUGUUCAGAGGCAGAGCAAUACUACAACGACCCGCUUGACUUCACUUUGAUGCAACUUCAAGGUGACCCGGACGCAGAGCUUCGUUUCGAUCAUGCCGAGCUCUUCGCCAAACUCGAAGCUCAUCUUACCGAUGCAAGCAAGGAAGAGCGCGCGAGACUGGACGAGACACUUUACGCAAAGCUGUCAGAUUUUGCAGCACAACAUGAGAUGCUCUCUGCUGUAAGAUCGCAUCGCCCUGCGUACUUUCGCCGAGGACCAGAGGACCUUGAGAAGAUGCUCCAGGAAAACCCGACUUCCUUCACGAGAGGCCUGAUCCCCCAAAGUUCUAGCGACCCCGAGGCGCUCGAAUUCUCACCGCGGUACAUGCAGUUGUUUGAUCAAUCGGCACCCGCAGUCGGUCGCAAGAACCAAGCAUGGCUAGACUGCAGAACUGUCGAGCGCGAAGCUCUCGCCAACUUCUGGGAGCAGGCGCGUAAGUCUUUACGGCUAGUGUUGGGUCUUACACGAAUGAAGCAGGAAGAAAUUGAUGAUGCCAUGUCCCUGGUAUCUGCCUCAACCAGCAGAGAGUACGCUGAAAUGGUCGAGGCCGAGCGACUUGAGGUAUUGGAUGCCAUCGCAGCAGAUGCCUUGAGUAAGAAAACCACAAGCACUGCAACUCCACAGGAAGCUUUUCGUGACACAGGUCCAGAUGUAUCGACACUCGUCCUCGAGGAAAAAGCCCCAAAGCCAAAAACGCGCCCGUCUCAGUCUGUCGACGUUUCGACAAGCAGACCAGCUUCUCUGGAGAUUGAUAUCAAUGAAGACAUGGAGUCUCACAGCCCCAUUCAGAUCUCCGCAACCUCUCGCGCCCUCGAGAUUAUCAGAAAGAUAUUUCCAAGUUCAGCUGAAGAAACUUUGGCCAAGGACACUGAUUGGGAUGUUUUCGUCCAUGCCAUGAACGACCUCAGCUUCUCCGCCCGCAAUGUCGGUGGCUCGGCUGUCGCCUUCGAAAAUCCUUCCAGAAAGAAGAUCAUCUUCCACCGUCCUCAUCCUUCGCCCAAGAUUGACAGCGUCAUGUUGCAGUCUAUGGGCAAGAGAAUGAGAAAACACUUUGAUUGGAGCAGAGAGACUUUUGUGGGUGUCUGA